GCAAAGCGUUCAUCACUUGAUUUUAAUCAGCCACAUAAGCAGUUUAUUAACAAGAGUUGUUAGAGAUAAAAUUUGAUUUUUACUUUCACAAUUUAUUAAAACAAAUUAGUGUGGAUGUGAAUAUAAUAUACAAGAAAGAGCGCAGCUGAUCAAAAAGUUUGUAUGUGUGGCACUUUUAUAUGCACGCGCUCAUUAUUUAUCUUAUCAUUGAGCUAAAAAAAUAUGGCAUUACAUACCUAUUUGAGGUGAAAUAGCAAGCCACUUUGUUGGUAUAUAAAUAACCGAUUUACACACAUCAACUCAGUUGUUAAAAGGCCGCGAGUUCGAAUAGAUUACCAUGAGUUUAGCUGGUAAAGUUGUUAUUGUAACCGGAGCAAGUUCCGGCAUUGGUGCCGCCACAGCUGAGGAAUUCGCCAAGCAAGGUUCCAAAGUGGUGCUCACAGGACGAAAUGAGGCAAAUCUGAAGGCUACUGAGGCAGCCUGUAAAGCGGCCAACAGCAAAGUGGAACUACUACUCAUCACCGCCGAUGUAACGACAGCUGCCGAGAAGAUUAUCAAAGGAACAAUUGACAAGUUCGGACAGUUGGAUGUGUUGGUGAAUAAUGCAGGUUAUGGUGAAAUGGGUUCAAUCUUGGAUAUUAACGUCGAUCAAUUUGAUCGUGUCAUGAAUACAAAUUUACGUUCGGUCUUCCUGCUCACUAAAUACGCCGCACCACAUCUCGUGAAGACCCAAGGUAAUAUAGUGAAUGUCUCCAGCUUAGCAGGAUUGCGUUCGUUCCCUUUUUCUUCGGUCUAUUGUACUUCCAAAGCAGCACUAGAUCAAUUCACUAGAUGUAUCGCCUUAGAUUUGGCUCCGAAAAACGUGCGUGUGAAUGCGGUAAAUCCUGGUACGAUUGUGACAGAAUUCCAUAAGCGUCUUGGCUUCUCGGAUGAGGAAGAUGCUAAAUUUUUGGAGCAUGCAAAGUCUACGCAUGCCUUGGGUCGCGUCGGCGAACCGAAGGAAGUGGCUGAUGCCAUUAUUUUCUUAGCCUGUGACAGUUCGAGCUUUAUAACGGGCGCCACUCUGCCAAUCGAUGGUGGCAGACAUGUCAUGUGCCCACGGUAAUAUUUCUUAGAACAGUUAGAUAUAUGAUAAUAAAAAAAAAAAUGCCUUAAAAUGGUUAUGUGACUGUAGAAAAGGAUAUAAAAAUUAUGUAGAAUAAUAAUAAAUGCGUUUCUAUUUUAACAGUUUGAUCAAUCAAAUUAGAAUUUUAUUAUAAAUUUUAUUUUGAUAAUAUUAUAAAUGCAAUAAAUUUUAAUGUUAUUAACAAAAGUGUCAACAGCGGGAAUCCUAUUCCACCUUGCCGGCGCUAGCGAUCGAGUUAGCAAUAUAAUAAAAAAAAAAAUUUGGAAAUUUAUGUA